GGAUUAUCCGAUUUUCGGGUCCGAUCCGUUCCUUCAAAGUCUUCACCAUCCUAAACCUCGAUUAGGGUGCAUUUCUAGAGUUUCAAUUGGCGUUUGAUCUGCAGUUCCAUGGCAGGAAAAGAGGAAAGUAAGUAUAGCAUAAUUGUUCCUACCUACAACGAACGCCUCAACAUUGCUCUCAUAGUUUACCUAAUCUUCAAGCAUCUCGAGAACAUAAAUUUUGAAAUUAUUGUGGUGGAUGAUGGGAGUCCAGAUGGAACUCAGGAGAUUGUCAAACAACUGCAGCAAGUAUAUGGAGAAGAUCGAAUAUUACUGAGACCCAGACCUAGAAAGCUCGGUUUGGGGACUGCAUAUAUACAUGGUUUAAAGCAUGCAACUGGAAAUUAUGUUGUGAUAAUGGAUGCUGAUUUAUCUCAUCAUCCAAAAUAUUUACCAAGCUUUAUUAAGAAACAGAAGGAGACAGGUGCAAACAUAGUUACUGGAACUCGAUAUGUUAAAGGUGGUGGGGUGCAUGGCUGGACAUUGAUGCGUAAAUUGACAAGCAGGGGAGCCAAUGUCCUCGCACAAACAUUUCUCUGGCCAGGUGUAUCAGAUUUAACUGGAUCAUUCCGGCUUUACCAGAAAUCUGUACUUGAAGAUGUCAUAAGCUCGUGUGUGAGUAAAGGAUAUGUUUUUCAGAUGGAGAUGAUAGUCAGAGCAUCAAGAAAGGGUUACCACAUAGAAGAGGUGCCAAUCACUUUCGUUGAUAGAGUUUAUGGAAGUUCAAAGCUGGGAGGAUCAGAAAUAGUAGAAUAUCUUAAGGGGCUUUUAUACCUCCUGGUAACAACUUGAAAUGAAGGUAAUGAGGCUGAUCCUGAUUACAUUGUUCGAUUUUGCAGAUUGUUAUAUUGACUACAGUUGGCGUUUAUAUGAGUAGCUAACCGUAUUUCAUCUGAUCAUAAAUCUAAACAGUGUCGGCUUCUCCAAAUUCUGUUUUUUUCCCACAUUUUUAAUGCCGUAAUGGUAAAGAUUUUUUUGUAGUUGUCCAGAAUUACUCAAAUGUUUGCAACUGCAACCUGAAAUGUAAUGAGGUUUUUUAAUUGCUUCAA